AUGGUAGGGGUAGAAGAGGACAUAGAUAUAAUCUACAAACAGGAUCACCAGGAUCACAAACAGAAGGUCAAAAGACAAAUACGCCUUUCUACAAACCUCACGAUAAACACCCUGGGACAAAUUACAUUCACUUCACCAGAGAAGUACAUGAGAAACAUUACUGAUAUGGUUGGUCUCAUUUCAAUCAACCUGCUCCUCUCAGUAGUAUGUCAUAUAGGAGCAUAUAUUCCUCAUCGCUAUCACUUUGUGAAUGAGAAUAAAACCUGGAGUGAAGCUCAGACUUACUGCAGAGAGAAAUACACUGAUCUGGCAACCAUCAACAACAUGAGAGAGAUGAAGAAGCUGAAUCACACACUGAUGAAGGAAAAUGCAAAGAAAGCUUGGAUUGGUCUACAGAGAGAGGGACCUGGGAAAUGGCAGUGGUCUCUGGCAGACCAAACUUUCUACAGAGACGGAGACACUUACAGGAACUGAAAUAUUGGAGAAUCAAACAACAUUGGGGGAAAUGAGUACUGUGUGGAGUUUUAUGAGAGCAGUAUCGCAUGGAAUGAUGACAAUUGUCAGACACUGAAUCCUUUUG